UAGUCGGUCACCCCAUCGUGUUCCAAUCUAUAACUUUAUUGACCAAGCUUAUCAAUACAAAAUCCAAAGAGAAGGAUACGUCGUCAAAUACUACGCAAGGAAUUCAAAUGGGACUAUCUUAUCCCGUAAAUUAUAUGAUCGAUGUAGACACAUAUUAUGUUCCAAUUUUCAUACAUACGGCUAUAUGCGAAAUAUCUUAUGUGUUCCUAAUAGCUGCAUUCGAUAUCCUGUAUGUAACGUUGAUUGAAUACUGUUGUGGAUUAUUCGAAAGCUUGAGAUAUAGAUUAGAAAAUGCAUUCGAUUACAAAAACAAUAAUGGUGAUAUAAUAUUAACACAGAAUACGUCUUAUUCAAAUAUCGUAUACUGUAUUCGAAGACACACCGAAACGAUGCAAUUUAUUGCUAUUAUGGAAUCAAUGUACAACAUACCUUUCUUUGUACACGUGGGGUUUCUUUUAAUAUGUUUAAGCAUUGUAGGAUUUCAGAUGAUAACAAACACGGAAAAUAUAAAUAAUUUUAUAAAACAUUACAGUUAUAUGAAUGCAUUAUUAAUCAAUAUAUUUUUUGAAAAUUUGCAAGGUCAAAAAGUCAUAGAUUCCAGCGAAAAAGUAUUUGAAUCCGUAUAUAACACAAAAUGGUACAAUAUGCCAAUAGCGACACAAAAGCUUCUUAUAAUGAUAAUGUUGACAAGUAAAAAACCAUUGAAACUCACUAUUGGUAAACUCUUUGCAUUGUCAUACAUAACUUUUAACGCGGUAAUACGCGCAUCAUCAUCAUACUUUAUGCUAUUGCGCUCUCUACAAUAAACAUUUUGAAUACAAUUCAUAUUUAUA